UGUUGAACUGGUAGGGAAAGAACUGAAUAGAAGAGUUUAGCAGCCUGUUCAAGUAUGUUCCACAGUACUGUGCCUGUUUCAUCGUCGUUACAUUAAUCCUGGGACAAUAAAUAGUGUUUUUCUUCUGCACAGAAUUUUUUCAAAUUAGUUUAACAUGCCUUCUUACAAGCUGACUUACUUUCACCUAACAGCAUUAGCUGAGCCAAUUCGCCUUUUGUUCGCCUAUGCUGAUAUCGAGUUUGUGGAUGAACGUAUCGAUAGAAAUGAUUGGCCAAAACUUAAACAAACAAUGCCGUUUGGCAAAGUACCUGUGCUCGAAGUAGACGGAAAGAGAAUGCAUCAAUCCUCAGCUAUUGGUCGCUAUGUGGCGAAGAAAUGUGGUCUUGCCGGCAAAGACGAUUUGCAGUCUCUGGAAAUUGAUGCGGCCGUCGAUACUAUACAAGAAUUAGUCGAGAAGAUAUACCAGAACACCGAACGGGCUAAAAAAGAGAAAGUCGAAAUUGCCGACGAGACGGUGCUGUUUUAUUUAGAGCGCCUGGACACUCAGGUGAAGAAGAAUGAUGGUUACUUCGUCGGUGGUGCUCUGACGUGGGCUGAUCUUACUUUCAUCGGCCUUUUGGAUUAUAUGAACUUUCAUGUGAAAGGAAAUGUCGUCGAAAAGUUUGAGAACCUGAAAGAACUUCAAAAGAAAGUUGAAGCGAUACCAGCCAUCAAAAGUUGGAUCGAGAAGCGUCCACCAGCUUUAUACGAAACUUAUAUGUAAGAAUGCAGAUAAUCUUGGAGAGUAAUGAUUGAUUUUUUGACAGAGAUUUUUUUAUUGUUCGUUGAUGUUAGACGUGAAUAAAAUAUUGCAUUUUCUUUUUUUAUCUACGCUGAUAAAAAAAGAUUAUUUGAUACAAAUAAAGAUGUUAUUAGUACUAUGCAAAUGAUUUAUUGACAUCACACAAGUACCGUUACUUAUUUAAAACAAAUGUUACUACUUUAAUUGAUAUAAGGUAGUUAUUUGAAUAGUACUAGUAACAUUUUUAUUUGAGUCAGAUAAUUUUUUCUUUCAAUGUAUGUACGACAGGCGCGUACAAUGAAACUAAGAUUAUACUAAAAAUAUAAAUGUAUAUUUAUACAUU